AACCCUGACGCCACUGCCCCUCCUUCGGUCCCUCCCGUUAAGAAAAAACAACAAGUGAGCAGAGAUGAAGCUGUAGCGGGAAUCCAGAGGAUAUAUAAAUGAUGAUCAUUGAGAGAGUGCGUAGUCGUCGUUAUACAGAUCAGAGUCAUUCCACAAGAGUUUCCGUCAGAGGGUUGAAGUAAACGCAGAGAGCCUACCGGUUCGGUGUUUAUGAGGCAGAACAGCGAUGGAAGCGUCCACAGCUCACAUGACAACGCUGUGCACCACCAGCGAUCCUCAGGAAACGGAGGAAGAGGAGGAGCAGGAGGAGGCGAAAGAGACGGACGCCGGACCCAGCGCGAGCAGUGAGGACGACCACCUCCUGUCCCUGAAGGCCCUGACGGAGAAGCUCCACCUGCAGACGCGCAGGCCCUCCUACCUGGAGUGGCAGGCCCACGUGGAGUCCCCCAGCUUCGGCUCCACGGGCCCCCUGGCUGCACCUGCGGACCGGCCGGGGACCCAGCCUGGAGACAAGGCAUCCCGUCCCUUAAAGGGCCCCAUGGAGGAGGAGUUGGGGGAGGAGGAGACCACCACCGCCGCUGCUACUGCUGGGGCGACGCCCAGUGACGACGGGGGGAUCCGGUUUCCACCUGGGUUAUUGAGGGGCUUCGGAAGCAUGGACGAGGCGCUCACUUGGCUCCGGAAAGAACUGGCUGACAUGCGCGUGCAGGACCAGCAGCUGGCCAGACAGCUCAUGCGUCUCCGCGCCGACAUCCACAAGCUGAAGAUCGAGCAGACGUGCCACCUGCACCGCCGCAUGCUGAACGACGCCACCUUCGGCAUGGAGGAGCGGGACGAGCUGUCCGACCUGCUGUGCGAGUGUCCGGUCACGCCGGGCCUGGGGCUCUCCGCCCCGCUCAGGCUCAUCGGCGUCACCAAGAUGAACAUCAACUCCCGCCGCUUCUCGCUGUGCUAGCCGCGACCUCCAGGAGAUCGAAAGACCUGUAGGUUGGGACGUGGGGAAGGGUUCUGUUUGGCCAUGGCAGUGGCCGUUUGGUUUCCAACCAGACCAUAAACACACACACACACACACACACACACACACACACACACACACACACACACACACACACACACACACACACACACACACACACAUUCACACACAUUAUUUUAAUAUUGAUGUUCGCACAAAGUGAUGAUUAGCAGUAGUUCACAGCAGGGUAGUCUGUUCCAUCGAUACAUGACCUUUAGGAGACCUUUUAAGCCUUUUCAAAAAGCUAUAUUUUUCUCAAUAUGUGUAAUAGCUACAGUGUUUCUUCCAAAUAUCUAUGGCGUAUAUGUCAUCAGUCUCCCUUGACCCUAUAUGUGGACCCAUUGGGUCCGCGACCCCUUGGUUGGGAACCACCGGGUGGUGAAAACGACACGACCGGAUGGGUUCAUGGAUGCUAAAACGUGGCUCCAGAUUUAUCCAGAUGAUGGUGAAAGAGGGAGACAUAGACAUCGUAGGGUUUGAUAUUGUGUGGUAGGCAUUUAUGGAAAAUAAUGAAAAUACAUCCGAUUAUUUUACUGUUUAAUUUGCAGAUGGCAGCUAAAGUCUUAAAUUGCUUCCGUUAAAGAUUUCAUGUAGGCUUCCUACAUUUGGUCUGCUUAGUAUUGGUAAAUAAUAUGGAUAGAUUGAUAACGUGUAUAAUUUAGGGAUAGUAGUAUCUAAGACUAUCCCCAUGUACCUGAAAUGAAAAAUGUAUUUUAAAAAAGUAUAUAUUUGUGAUUAUAUAUAUUUUUUCUAAUCACUCUAAUUCUCUUAUGAUGAAAUCAAUGAUGAUUAAACUUUAUUGUUUUCUUA